GAGACACUUUGUGAAUCAUGGUAUCAAGGGGAGCCUAGGUGUCUGCUAUACAGGAUCCAAAAGGAUAUAUUUUCUACCACUAUUUGGAAUGGCUGUGAUGGCUGAAUACAUUUACAUUGUGGCUGCAAUUUUAUAUGUGCAAGGUCCAGCCUCUUCAAUCACACAGGAGGUUAACAGCACUGAUGUUUGUGGCACAGUUCCUCUAAGUAACAGGAUAGUUGGAGGACAAGACGCCCCCGUAGGGAGCUGGCCCUGGCAGGUCAGCCUCCAAAGACCCUAUGGUCACGUGUGUGGAGGCUCCCUCAUCAACAAGGAGUGGGUGCUGUCUGCUGCGUACUGCUUCAGCAGCAAUGAUCCCUCGUACUGGACGGUGAAGUUGGGACGGCACACCCAACAGGACAGCAGUGAGCAUGCAACGUCCCGAGACGUGGCUAUGAUCGUUCUGCAUCCCGAAUGGGACAGAAACACGUUCCACCACAACGUGGCUCUGGUUAGACUCAGCAGUCCUGUCUCCUUCACCAACUACAUCCGACCUGUGUGUUUGGCAGACAAAAACAGCACAUUCCUCAAUGGAACCGACAGCUGGGUGAGCGGAUGGGGCUACAUCAAAGAAGGAGAGCCUUUGCCCUCACCCAAAGCCCUUCAGGAAGUGAAGAUCUCAGUGGUGGAAAAUGAUGUUUGCAGAAGUCUCCUGGGAUCUGAAGCUGAUGUAACUGAUGACAUGAUGUGUGCUGGCGCACUAGAGGGAGGGAAGGACACAUGCAUGGAAGACACUGGAGGUCCAAUGGUGAACUACCAGAACUCUCGAUGUAUUCAGUCUGGGGUGGUGAGUUUUGGGAAAGGCUGUGGUCGACCUGGGCUACCUGGAGUCUACUCCAGGGUCUCUGGAUAUGAGGAUUGGAUCAAAUCCCACAUCGGAAUGUCGGUUGACCGACCAGGCUUCAUCAGGUUUGGGUCCCCCAGAAACGUGACCACACCUGCACCACCAACUAGCUCACCAGCCACAACUACAGCAGCUUCUGCCAACAGACCCUCCACCUGGUUUUUACUCCAUGUCCUCAUCUUCACGUUCCUCACUAUAGCACUCACAAAUGACUGAAAGGGGACAAGGGGACAUCAGUCUGGGACAGCAACAAAUAUGAAUCUACUGUACUGUAAAAUGAUUGCCCAGAAGGAUCAUAGACAAAGACUUGAAUGGGAAUGACUGUAAAGACAAACACAUUAUAGGCCACUUUGAACAACGGGAAAAGCGCAAUGUCUUUAGUCUAACUCAAGUUAAUUUAAUAACUAGGCAAAAUCAACUUGGUAAUUUAACCAUAAACAGCAUAACCGUAAACACUGAUGAGUCUGCUGCCAUGCCACACACACACACACACGCGCACGCACGCACACACACACACACACACACACGGCUGAAAGUGUUGGCACCCCACACUAAAAUUUACUAAAAAGAAUGAAUGUGAAUGAAUAAUGUAUCAAAUGUAUAAUCAAUUUUUAAAAGUUAAUUUUAUAUUCCUCUUUUUAUUCAACUUUAGCAUGGGUGCCAACACUUUCAGACAUCACUGUAUAGCUCAUGUGUGAGAACUUUGCUUGCCAUUUAAAUUAGGGCCCAGUAUCCAACUGUUGUCUAGCUAGAGGGCUUUAUAUGAAUGAAACUGUUUGUUCCUGUACUACUAGAUCAUACUACUCACUCAUCCACUUUAUUGAUAACUCUGUGUUGAAUACAUGAUAAAAUAUAUAUAAAACUUUAUUUGUUAUCUCCCAUCUUACAACACGACACAUGCUAAACACUAAAUAAACAAGACAUUACGAAACUUCACAUGAUGGGGAGUUGAUAGAUCAACCAACGGGGACACACACAAUCUGAUAUAAAUCAUGAUUCUGCCAAAAAUAAUACAACAUGUUGAAAACAAUACUCUCAAGAAAACAAAACACUCUAAUAAAUCACUGAUAUAAAAGGCAUUGUGUUAGUAAAAUAUGAUUUCAAUAGAUAAAAUGUUUUUAAUAUGAUAGCGCUAAGCUAAUUAAGUAACUUUUUUUUUAAGUUAAAAAAUUUACUGGUAUUUCUUUUAGGUAAUUUAUCAUACAUACAUCCAUCAGUGAUCAGCAUUUUCCUGAGGCUGCAAUGUAUACAAACGGAUGAUUUUGCAAACACAAGUUAACCGUAAAGGAGCGAUCCACAGUAAACUCACAGGAGAGUGAUGUCUCAAGGAAUGGUGCAUUCAUAAACAAUUAACACUUGGACAUGGGAAAGGGCUUCACAAAAAAAAUAACAUGGAAAGAUUUGAUCUGCGAAAAAAAUAACUUGUUAAUUAUCUGAAUAUUUGGCUGUGGUACCGAUUACUUCACUUAUUUAAUUAUUCUGAUUACAGACCUCACAUUGUAGGCAUGUGCUGAGCUUAAUGGUUUCCAAGGUGAUGAAGCAGCUAAUAAGUGAUGCAUCUAGAAAACAGGGACGGACCUGCACUUCCUGACUUAGCCUCGGGGGGGGGGGGGGGGG